CUCCUCCUCCUCCUCCUCCUCAGUGACCCCAAAAAGCCACAUGUCUGGCGUGAAUGCUCUUUUGUUUCUCAGGGGUGCACUGGAGGAGUCUGGAUUGUGUACGGUUUUUAUCUAAUUUGAUGAAAGUGGCGGCCGCUCCAAACUGCAGACUGUACAGCGUUUAAUUGGAUUAGAGGCUGCAGAGGAUGCUGCUUGUCAAAUUAGGUCCUGAAUGAGCCGUUCUUCACUGACUGCGGACGUACGGCUUUCUUUCUUUUUUUUUUUUUUUUUAAAUAGGCUAACUUGACGCAGGAUUACUUGAAUAGCGCAAACAAUUUGUACGUAGAUUCAUUUGAUUCUUUUAACUGAGGAUCCUUUGCGCGAAUAUGAGCCUCCUCAGGGUGUAAUAAAAGUUUCCAUCCAGUUUUGGAGCCUCUGAAGUCCUCGUGGACAUUGUGAUGAACCACGUGCUCUACAAAGGCGAGGCGUGAUCUGUGCCUGCUCACCCACGGAGCCCUGGCGCUCUUCCCCUUCCCCAAGCUGGCACGGAGCUCUUGGCGAUCGUCGAGGCGCGCCUAAUCCACUUUUGAUGAACUCGGCUAAUGGACUCCCUGCUGUCCUUUAUCUAAAGCGCUCGCUUUCUAGUCAUGAAUACUCCAUAGACACGAGCCCUUCUUCACCACGCCCCUCACACGCAGCAGGAAGGCGGGGUUUCGUCCAUAAAUACCUUCUCUGCACCCUCAAACGGACAAAAAAAAUAAAAAGCCAACUGUUGCAGAUGGAAAUGGCUCGCCACAGUGGACCUUUCAUCCUACGGGAAGCGUUUUCAGACAGUCGCCUGGACGUCAAGGACAGACCCGAGUGGAGCGUCUCUGGACUCCGCCUUCCCGCAGAGUGUGAACGGAGAAGACGGCGGCUAGCCGCGAACGCCCGCGAGCGCCGGAGGAUGCUGGGACUGAACGUGGCAUUCGAGCGGCUGCGCAGCGUCAUCCCGCGCCUGCAGAGCGACCGGAGGCUCUCCAAAUCCGAGACGCUGCAGAUGGCGCAGAUCUACAUCGGAACUCUGAGCGAGAUGCUACAGGACAGAGCGGAAUCUCUGGAGGACAUCUCGGAAACAGAAAAAGGUGACGUUAAAGCGGAGGAAAGAGUGGAACAGGACUCUAGAGACUCGGAAGUGUGCUGUGGAGGACACGUCGAGGAUCCGCUGCGGCACGAGCUCAAAGGAACGAUGAACUUUUGGGAACGGAGCAACGGUGUGAAGUAGAGAGACAAUGUCGUGUUUAAAUACUGUAUAUUUUUGGAAUUUUGUAGAAAUAAAAUUGAGCUGAGAAUUGUACAGACACAAUAAAA